AUGUUAUCGUAUGAGGCGACAAAUGUGGCCCCUGAUGAGGCGACAAAUGUGGCCCCUGAUGAGUCGACUAAUGUGGCCCCUGAUGAGCCGACUAAUGUGGCCCCUGAUGAGUCGACUAAUGUGGCCCCUGUUGAGCCGACUAAUGUGGCCCCUGAUGAGCCGACUAAUGUGGCCCCUUAUGAGUCGACGAGUUCCUUCUCGUCUCUACAAUCAACAUCCUAUGACCAGUCUCUACAAUCGACAUCCUAUGACCAGUCUCUACAAUCGACAUCCUAUGACCAGUCUCUACAAUCGACAUCCUAUGACCUGUCUCUACAAUCACCAUCCUAUGACCAGUCUCUACAAUCGACAUCCUAUGACCAGUCUCUACAAUCGACAUCCUAUGACCAGUCUUUACAAUCAACAUCCAAUGACCGGUCACUUCAAUCAACAUCCUAUGACCUGUCUCUACGAUCGACAUCCUAUGACCAGUCUCCACAAUCAACACCCUAUGACCAGUCUCCACAAUCAACAUCCUAUGACCUGUCUCUACAAUCGACAUCCUAUGCCCAGCCUCUACAAUCGACAUCCUAUGACCUGUCUCUACAAUCGACAUCCUAUGACCUGUCUCAACAAUCCCCAUCCUAUGCCCAGUCUCUACAAUCGACAUCCUAUGACCUGUCUCUACAAUCGACAUCCUAUGACAAGUCUCUACAAUCAACAUCCUAUGACCAGUCUCUAGAAUCGACAUCCUAUGACCAGUCUUUACAAUCAACAUCAAAUGACCGGUCACUACAAUCAACAUCCUAUGACCUGUCUCUCCAAUCGACAUCCUAUGACCAGUCUCCACGAUCGCCAUCCUAUGACCAGUCUCUACAAUUGACAUCCUAUGACCUGUCUCUACAAUCGACAUCCUAUGACCUGUCUCAACAAUCCCCAUCCUAUGCCCAGUCUCUACAAUCGACAUCCUAUGACCUGUCUCCACAAUCGACAUCCUAUGACCAGUCUCUACAAUCAACACCCUAUGACCAGUCUCUAUAA